AUGGACACUCUCUGUUCAACCGCCAUCACCCACAUGACGAUGGCAUCUUGGUCUUCCCUUAGAAGUCCACAAAAUGUUGCGCUGCUUUUUGCCGGGACUGCGGCCAUCCUCGCUUACUUUGCCUAUCGCAACACUGUCACCCUAUCCUCGGCUCAACCUGUAACGCCAGCCAUAGAUGAGCCAGAGUCAGCCGAAAAGAGUCAGAAUAAGUUGGUCAAAGAUCAGUCGAAUCAUGAAAAGUCCAGCAUCGCUACUCCAUCCACCUCUGAGACAUUGCAUUCCUCCGCAGAACCGCGCUCGUUGACCGAGCAAGAUCGAUAUUAUGACGCCCUCCCCUUAGAUGAGGAUCUGCUAGAGUCGUCCAACGACUCUGCCUCGGUAAGGAGAAGUGACUCUGAAACAACGAGGGCCUCUGAUGUACCUGGACAAGCUGUAAAGGAAGAGGCCGUGGUCGGGGGGCAGGAGGAGGAGCACGGCAACGAUGAAGAUGAAGACGACGAGGACGAUGACUCCGAGUAUGACGAAUUUGAACGUUUCCGACCCAUCAUGAGCGCGAUCGACCUGGAAAAGGUCAAGAACACCGCGAUGGCAGUUCGUGCUCAGCGCCAAUGUCAGGAAACCGCAAGUGGGAAGCAAUCCUUGACUUGCACCGUCAACCCCGACCCCUGCUGCGGCUCUUACAACCUCAUCUACUACCUGCAGUGGUCUGACGGCCAGAAAUGGGUAUUGCGGGUCCCAGGCCAUGGCCUCGAAUUUGAUCUCAGUGAUGCGACUCGGAUGGGCAUCGAAUAUCGGACCAUGAAUUUCCUCCGACAGCAUACUUCCAUCCCCAUUCCAGAAGUUUACUGUUGGGAAACAGACUCUGCCCGCCUCGGGGCACCUUUUGCAUUCAUUGGCUUUGUCGAAGGGCAGCCGCUCAGCUCAAUAUGGUAUGAUAAGAAUCGGAUUACCGAAUCUACCCGGCUUGAGAUCCUGUCCAACGUGGCAGCUCAUAUGUCACAAUUGCAUCGACUUCCAUUCUCCAAGAUGGGCAUGCUGCAGUUUGAGGAGUCAGCAGAACAUCCAACUGUUGGGCCUAUCAUUUCGAGAAAAGUAGCGGUCCCUGUGGAGGAUUGGGGCGUGAAUCUCAUCGAAGGACCUUACGACUCAACGACUGAGCGAUUGAUGAACACUCUCGACGAAAUCGAGUUCGGCACCAAGCGUGGCCAUGCCUAUUAUCCGCUCUUGUGUAUGGCUAUUGAGUCCAUCCCGAAGUUUCUGGAUGGCAAUGGUCACUUUUACAUUUCUCCUUGGGAUCUCGACCUCCAGAACAUCCUGGUUGAUGAUAAUGGUCACAUCACAGCGCUCAUCGACUGGGACAAUGUGUGCACCAAACCAGCCGCCUUCGGAUUCGCUCGUUAUCCUGACUGGAUUUGUCAUGACUGGGAUCCUGAGGACUACUUCUAUGCGAAUUUAGAAUUUUAUACGGACCAAAAAGACCCCGAGGAGUCAACGCCGGAAGAGCUCGCCAGAUACCGGCAAUACUAUGCAUCAUGUUUUGCCAGACAUCACUUGGACAAUUAUGAUCUACGAAUGACGAAAGCCUCACACAUUCUUGCGAGCAUCGGGAUGGCUUUGGAGUACGAAAUAAGUCAGCCGGCGAUUGUUGGCAAACUCCUUGACCAUGCGUUUGGGGGCAAGAGCCCAAUUACGAUCCGAGAAUACAUGGAUGCCUUUGUGGCAGAUGACACUGAUGAGAAAGAUGAGCUGAUUAGAGAGGCUUUUCAUAAGAUGUGGCGGGUGGAAAUGAAGGAGGGCAUAGAGUGA